AUGUCGGAAUUUAAUAUCCCAGGAAAGAUAAUCUCGGCUGUAUCUGCUGUGUCAUCAUACUAUCUCGUAAACUAUUCGCCAGAUCUCCUGUUGUCAUCCAACCCUGGUCUGUUCGGUACUUUCCUUCAGUUGUGGACUCUCCAAUUAUGCCUUUGGCUGGUUUGGAAAGCUGUUCUAUGGCCCAAAUUUUUCUCGCCUCUUCGUAAUCUCCCCGGGCCAGAUGGCGGGAGUUGGUGGAAUGGCCAUUUCAAUGAAAUAUUCAAAAAUCCGACCGGUUUCCCAAUGGAAAAAUGGAUCAACAAUACCCCCAACGACGGUCUCAUUUACUAUCGAGGGUUGUUCAAUGCUGAAAGACUUUUUCUCACGUCUCCCAAGGCUCUGAGCGAAGUGCUAACGACCAAGAGUUAUGACUUCAAGCGACCUGAGCAAGUGACAGCGGCAUUGAGCCGUUUACUUGGUGUCGGAGUCCUGCUAGCCGAAGGAGACGAGCACAAAUUCCAGCGGAAACACCUUAUGCCUGCUUUUGCCUUCAGACAUAUCAAAGAUCUUUAUCCAGUUUUCUGGUCGAAGGCUAAAGAAAAUGUGUUCAAGAUGGCCGAGCAUGUCAAUAAUGGUGGCAUAGACAAGAAGUUGAUACCAAAUCGGGAUCCGGAGAAGCCAAUCGAUGAAAAAGACAGCACGCCAGUAAUUGACGUGGGAGGGUGGAGUGCACGUGCUACACUUGACAUAAUUGGCCUUGCUGGUAUGGGAAAAGACUUCGGAGCUGUUGAAGAUGAAGAUGCUCUUUUGAGUCGGACGUACCGGAGCAUCUUCAAGCCAACUAGAGGUGCGAUGGCACUUGGUUUGUUGGGAUUCAUCUUACCGGGGUGGCUCGUCAGAAUUUUGCCAGUCAAGAGAAAUAGUGAUAUCGAGGAGGCAUCUAAAACUAUUCGUUCGGUCUGUAAGCAGGAGAUCAUGGAAAAGAAAGAAAGGCUGAAGAAGAAAGAUAAUUCUGACGUUGACAUCCUAAGCAUCGCGUUAGAAAGCGGGGGUUUUACUGAUGAGAAUCUCGUUGACCAGAUGAUGACCUUCUUGGCGGCAGGACAUGAGACUACCGCCUCGAGUAUGAUUUGGGCGAUUUAUCUGCUCUGCGUCCAUCCAGAAAUCCAAAGUCGCUUACGGGAAGAGAUUCGCGCCAACCUACCCAGUCUCGACUCGGAUGAAUGCGCGAACAGUCAGCAAAUCGACCACAUGCCGUAUCUGAAUGCGGUGUGUAGCGAAGUCCUGCGCUAUUUCCCGCCAGUCCCUCUUACACCUCGAGUUGCGGCGCGCAAUACUACAAUUUGUGGUCAGAAAGUCCCAAAAGGCACUCGUAUCAUGCUCAUUCCGUGGGCUGUUAAUCGAUCCGAGGAAUUAUGGGGUCCAGAUGCUCGCAAAUUUAACCCAGAACGUUGGAUGCCGUCAGAAGACAAACCAUCUCCUGCUAAUGGUGGUGCUACAAGCAACUAUUCUUACCUUACUUUCCUCCACGGCCCCAGGAGUUGUAUUGGACAGGGCUUUGCGAAGAGUGAGUUUGCAUGCUUAUUGGCUGCUUGGGUGGGUAAGUUCGAUUUCCAGAUCAACGACGAGAGAGAGUUGGAUGAGAAGAAUCUUAAUAUCAAGGGAGGUGUAACUUCUAAGCCAGCGAAGGGUUUGUUUGUCAAGACCAAAGUCGUGCCAGGGUGGUAG